AUGGCCACAUCUGGCAGGAUCAGUUUUACGGUGAGGAGCAUUUUGGAUUUACCAGAGCAGGAUGCUAAUAGCAUAAAGCAAGCCUCUGACCAUCACCACUCAGCGGAGAACUACACCGGCUCGCCGUACCGAGGGUGGAUAGAAACAGACAGAAAUCACUAUCCCUCUUCCGACGAGAGCGGCCCGGAGCCGAGCUUGCCCGACUCCACCCAAAGGUCGCUCCCCGCCCGCGGCUCGGAGGCCGAGGAGAAGAAGAAGAAGCGGCGGGUGCUCUUCUCCAAGGCGCAGACGCUGGAGCUGGAGCGGCGGUUCCGGCAGCAGCGGUACCUCUCGGCGCCGGAGCGGGAGCAGCUGGCCCGGCUGCUGAGCCUCACCCCCACGCAGGUGAAGAUCUGGUUCCAAAACCACCGCUACAAGAUGAAGCGGGCGCGGAGCGAGGGCCCCGGCAGCCCCCCGCCGCGCCCGCCCGCCCUGCUGCGCCGGGUGGUGGUGCCGGUGCUGGUGCGGGACGGCGAGCCCUUUUGCCGCAAGCAUCUCGCUGCAAACCCCGUGAUAUUUCCUGUGGGAAGCGGGAGCCCGGAGUCCCCCGUCCCCGGAGGCUCCCCGGAUUUUCGUUUUGGGCGGCGGUGCCCGGCGCCGGCCGAGGCCCCGGAGGCUGGGGCGCAGGUUUUCCUCCGGCCAGCCAGCCGCCGUUCAUUGCUCUCCUCUUUAGAGCCGCUAAGGCAGGAUCCAGAGUUAAGACAAUCUUCCCGCUACUCUGUCUCUGUUCCAAAGAUCGGCUGGGGAAGGGUAGCCAAGAGAAAAUAG